AUGGAGCCAGACGAGCGCCAACCUCUCUUCGCCAGACCUCCCGAAGACCUCGAUGACGACGACACCCAGCAUGAGCUACCCCAGGAUAACUUCGCAACCGCCGACCGGGUGACUGUCGUCGUCCUCCUCUCCCUCAUCCUCUUCACUAUCGACAUUGGCAACAUAUCCUCCGUCAAUGCCAUGUCCAGUGUCCAACUUAAGAUUCUCUGCCGCCAGCAUGGAGGAAACGAGACAUGCGGCCUGAUUCCCGGCAUACCUGUUGAAUAUAUUGCAGAACUCGACAACAUCCAACGAGUCCGAGGCAUCUUGGCCGUGAUAUCGGGCAUUUUAACGGCAAUGCCAUAUGGUUUGGCUGCCGACAAAUAUAGUCGGAGAAACCUAUUGGCACUCUGCGUUGGCGGAGUGUUGAUUUCAACGGCUGCGGAGAGUAUUGUCUGCAUGUUUCCAAAAGUCUUUCCCCUGCGGUUGAUAUGGCUCACCGCGGUGCUCAAACUCAUAGGCGGUGGCCCUCAAGUCUUUUAUGCGUUGGUAUUCGCCAUUGCGACUGAUGUGUCGACCCAAGCACAAAGGUCCAUAUUAUUCCUGCUCCUGGGCUCCGUCACAACUUUAACCAGCCUCUUGGGCUUUCGCCUCUCCCGAUUCUUUGCGAACAAGGAUCCCUGGGUAGCAAUCUAUCUCGGACUGGCGACGGUGUGCAUCUCGACAGUGCUGGUACUUUUUAUUCCUGCUACUCGUGAUGCUUCUUCCCUGCGUCGGUAUGAAAUUACACUCGAAGCCGACGAUUCAGAGAGCAGAAGGUCCAAGCUAGGCAAUCGCGUGAAGAAAGCAUCCAAAGAGAUUCACUCCACUGUCCGUGCUGCCUUGUGGGGAGAUAGACGACUGAGUGCCAUUUUCUUGGGCAUCUUUCUACUCGGCAUGUCGCCGUAUGCACUCGGCAUUACCUUCCUGGUGUUUAGCCUUGACGAUUGGUUCGAGAUGGAAAAAAUGGGCAAUCUGAUUUACAUCUCGAUGGGAUCCAGCCUUGUGCUAACGGCAGUCAUUCUACCGCCUAUCGCUUACGGGCUCCAUAAGCAGUACCACCUCACACCGUUUAAAAGGGAUCUAUGGCUCAUGAGAGUACUCCCCGUUUUACUGGUAGUCGGCGCCCUUCUUACAUGCUUUGCAAAAUCAGCAGGCGUCGUCAUCGCCGGAACAGUGUUAAUGGCUCCAGUAUGGGGCUUUCUUCUCCUCAGCAGGAGCCUGAUAUCACUCGUCAGUGGGGAGCAGCACCUGGCUAUAUUGUUUUGCUUGGUGGGUGGUGUGUGGGCGGUUGCUUUGUUGAUCGGACGGCCGGUCCUGGACUUGCUGUGGUCGCUGGGCAUGAACUCGGACGCCAUUCUUCGUGGGUUUCCGUUCCUUGUGCUGGCUAUUCUAUAUGCGGUUACGACUGUGUUGACGCUGAGCAUUCGCGAUGGCGACGAGGCUGAUGAAUCAGAUGAGACUGUGUGA